AUGGAGAUGUUGCUGGACUGGCGCUCGGUGGGCUCGCUGAUCGCCACGAUCAUGGUGUUCCGGACGGCCAUGCGGGACUUCAUCCCGCCGGAGGCCGAGCAGUUGCUGCGCCGCCUCCUCGCGGGGCUCGCCGCGGCGUUCAGGCCCCCGACGGCCACCAUCCUCAUCGACGAGGCCGACGGCGCCGCCAGCGGCGCCACCAACGACCUCUACGACGCCGCGCAGCUCUACCUCGGCGCGCGCUGCCUCGCCACGGCGCCCGCCGUGCGACUCUACAAGCCGCGACAGGCGAGCCGCGCCGUCGCCUCACUCCCGGACGCCCACACCGCGCACGACACCUGGAAGGGCGUCACGGUAAAGUGGACCUCGACCGCGCGCCCCGCCGACCGCGGCGGCAACCCGUACAACGUCUACGGUGGCGGCCGGGGCCCCUCCGGCGGCGGCGACCACCGCAGCCUCGAGCUCCAGUUCCCACUCCAGCACCGCGACUUCGUGCACGACAGCUACAUCCCCCACGUCAUCGACGAGGCCACCAGGAUGCGGCUCACGUCGCGGGAGCGCAGGCUGUACACCAACCGCGCCGCCGCGCCCGGCGAGGACCACCACCGCCUCUGGACCUCGCACGCCUUCUCCCACCCCUCCACGUUCGACACGCUCGCCGUCGACCCGGCGCUGCGCGACGAGAUCCGCGCGGACCUGCUCCGAUUCGCGUCCCGGCGGGAGCACUACGCGCGCGUCGGCCGCGCGUGGAAGCGCGGGUACCUGCUCCACGGGCCGCCGGGCACCGGCAAGACCAGCCUCGUGGCCGCCAUCGCCAACCUCCUCGAGUUCGACGUCUACGACCUGGAGCUCACCACGGUGCCCACCAACUCCCACCUACGCCGCCUCCUCGUCUCCACCACGCCCAAGUCCGUCGUCAUCGUCGAGGACAUCGACUGCUCCCUCGACCUCUCCGACCGCAGGAAGAACGGCGGCGGCAGCAUCCACGAAGACAACAACAACGCGCAGCUGGCGAUGCUAUCCCCGGCGACCGCGUCGAUCGGGCGGGAGUCCGUAAGCCUCUCCGGCGUGCUCAACUUCGUGGACGGGCUCUGGUCGUCCUGCGUCGGCGAGCGCCUGAUGAUCUUCACCACCAACCACCCGGAGCGGCUGGACCCGGCGCUGCUCCGCCCCGGCCGCAUGGACCGGAAGAUCGAGCUCGGCUACUGCUCGCCCGCCGCGCUCCGCGUGCUCGCCAAGAACUACCUCGGCGUCGGCGAGGACUCCGACGACGACGAUCCUGACACGGUGAACGGCCUCAUGGGCCAGGCCGAGGACCUGCUCGCCGCCGACGUGCGCAUCACGCCGGCCGACAUCGGAGAAGUGUUCAUGGGCUGCGACGGCGCAGGCGCCUCCGCCGCUUUGAGUAAGCUCGUCGGCGAGCUGCGUCGCAGGAGAGAUCACGCACCUGCCGUAGACGCGCCUCAGCCGAGUGCAUUGACAGCGGAGACGAUGGACUGUGGAGUUGAUGCGAAGGAUUUGCAGAGGGAAGCGCCGGGAGUAGUCUCGGUUUGUUUCUCGUCUGGAUCAUGGUUCGCCGUGGAGCCAGAGGAGAUGGUUUCCUCCGUGGUGAAGCUCCCAGCAAGCGACCUGCGUUUCGAGGAUGCCGUGGAGGCCGUCGGAUCAGUGCACUAUCUAGACUGCCUUGAUUUUGGUGUUCACAUUGUUGGUAGUGGAAUUCCUAGGGCAGUUUCGUGGUCUGGUGAUAUGAUUGUAGAGUAUUCUGAAUUGGACCAUAAAGGCCAAAGAUCAUUUGGGCGCAGACGCUUGAGAACAGAUCUCCCCGGCUACUACCUAAACAAUCAUAGAACUAACAUGGGCAACACGAAUUGCAUGAACCUUGGUACACAUUUUCAUUCUUUAUCGGCACAAUUCAAGCAAUCACUUCACGAUAAAUUUGGCAUUGUUUUGGAUGGGAAGAUAAUUGAUGGCAUCUUUGAAACUGUUCAGUGUGCUGAUUCAUCUCAUUGUGGGAACAACAUGUUAGGAAGUUUAACUCAUGAUGUUCUAGAUUUUUUAUCAAAUGCAUGGCCUGGAACUGUUCUUACUGAUUUGGGGCAUAGUUCAUGGUUGUGCAAAAGGAUAAGCCCGAUUAUUGUUCAUUUGUUUUGUCGUACUUGUUACACUUCAUAG